CUGGAAACGUGGUAGGCAGACGCGGCGCACUGUGCUGACCUCCCUGUAGUCCCCCAAACCAAGCACUGAGAAGGGGAUUGGUUAGGUUAGGGGUGCUGCGCUUCAGUUGCAAGCUCGCUAUUGCUCGGGUACUUGUACGGUAACAGUUCUCUGCAUACGCCCCGAUUUCCGUCUCUUCAGCCUGGUGCUAGUACGUGACGUGAGCCCCGUUACGACGUGAGCCAUGGAGCAAUUCCAACCUAGUAGAUGGCCAUGCAAUGCAUGCAUACCUCUUCUCAGUCCUUCUCAGCUGCCCCUUGUCAUGGUUAGCGUAGCCAGUGGCUUCUAGCCAGUCUUCGACUAAGACCUCUCUUAGACACUGCGCAGCCGCUUAUCAUCGCCAUCGCUUAUCUUCGCCGAUCGCUAAACAUCGCCGGUCGCUUGACAUCGCCAGUCGCUAAGCAUUGCCGGUCGCUUAGCGUCGCCAGCCGCUAAUUAUCGCCGGUCGCUUGGCACAGCCAGUCGCUUAGCGACGCCAGCCGCUUAUAAUCACCAGCCGCUUGGCAUCGCCAGUCGCGUAGCAUCUCCUGUCGCUUAGCGUCUUACGAGAUUUUAUUAAGUCGCCUGCGGUCGUCAAGUGGAUGCCGAAACGCCGAGGACUGUAAGAUGUGUCCAAGCCUGGAAUGACCAAAUACUCGUGACCGUACGAGGCGAUCUAGCGUAGUCCUCUCUUUCAGUUGAUGGGACAGACCAUCGCCCAACCAGAAUCUUAAGAACAUUGUUUUUUUUCCAGUCAAUACUUCGACGGAAGGAAAAAGACAGUCGACAUGAUAUCAAGACGACUGCCAGUGUCGCGACCUUUUAGAAGAAUUAGAUCACUGCUCUUGUUGACUGUGGUAUGUCUAAGCGCAGCGAGCCUCGGCGCUGACGCGGCUCGUAAGAAGGGGAAGAAAAAGCCGACGGAAUCCAUCCCGGGACCUGUCGUUGCCGCCGGAACCAGACUGACGCUGACGCUACUGCCCAACAACCGAUACGGCGCGAAAUGCCUGGACGGCAGUCCCCCAGGGUACUUUUUCCGCCCGGGCUUCGGCAGCGGCAGCAGCUCGUGGCACGUACACUUGCAGUACGGCGGGUGGUGCUACACGCUGGAGAAGUGCAAGGAACGCAGCCUGACGUGGCUCGGGUCUUCUAACGCGGAUUUGCAAAACCAGAACCCGUGGAAAUUCGCGAAUUGGGGUUACAUGGGAAUUCUGAGCAUAAAUCCCGUCACCAAUCCUCGCUUCUACAAUUGGAAUCUCGUGGUCCCGAUUUACUGCGACGGCGGGGGAUUCGCAGGCCGCGCGGGGUUCAAGAAUGUGAGCGAAACUGAAGGCGUGUAUCUGGACGGUUGGAAAAUCAUCAAAGCUGUUCUCACAGACGUGACAGACUACAAGGGGCUGAAAACCGCCUCCCAGGUGCUGUUGUCGGGGGUGUCGGCGGGCGCUGAGGCGGUGGUCACUCUGUGCGACCAGCUGCCCGCCCUCGUGCCCUCCGCCAAAACCACGAAGUGCCUCAUGGACUCGGGCUUCUUUCUUGAUGCGUUGGACAUGAACAAGCGGUCGGCGUUUCGCAAGAGGAUCCAGCUGCUGGCAGGGCUGCAUGAUUUUGUCGGCAACCCCCGAUGCAGCAGAGCCACCAAUCAAACCAAGAAGUGGAAGUGCUUCUUCCCAGAACACUCCCUCCCAUUCGUGCGAUCGUCAUUCUUCGUCGUCAACUCUCUGUUCGACGGCAAGGCCCUGAAUCUUGGUAACCAGUUACCGGAGAGUAACAACACCUUCACUUACCAAUGUCUAAGUGAAAUAAUGGCUAUGCCUAGCCUUAGGCGGUCGAUUCCAAGCACGCCACCUAACGAGCUUGCUUGGAAAAACUCGAAUAAAAAGUGCACGCUCUCAGCUACACGGGCGGUGCUUGCUUAUGCGCAGAAAAUGUGGACGGUUGUUGGUGCUAUGGAGGAUAAGAAGCUGAAGGCUUUCCUUGCUUGGUCUAGCAAGCAUGGAAUCAUGGUGGAUAGUUCGUGGGUUGGCAUGAAAGAGAAUGGCAAGGUUUUGCGUGACGUCGUAGCUGAAUGGUACUUCAAUUCAUGAGAAUGAUAUCUUGUGUGCUAGCUGUUCUCAAUUGUUCAGUUGUAAUGAGUUUGGAGCUAUGCUGCCAUGUGGAACUAGAAACUUUGACCCAU